AAAUACUGAAUCCGCCUAUCUAACAUGGCCACCAUUUGUUUUGACAAUCAGUUCGAUGGACUAAAGUGAUGAUAAAUGUCUUAAAUUUGACCAUGUUCGCAACAAAUAAUCAAUGAUCAAAACUUUAUAUGUAACACGGACAAUUAACAAUGGAAGUUGUUGGAGAAACAGAAGCAUUACAACAGUUUUUCGGUGGCGAAUUUGAUGAUUUAAACUUCCAGCUUCUUGAGGAUUUAAUUAGUAACGAACCUGAAAUAACUCUCCCAGACAUUAAUGAGCAAACAGUGGGAUAUUCACAAAAUGGACAUGUACAGGUACCCACAAGCAAUUUUACGCAACAACAGCAACAAUCUCAACAGCUUCAAACAACAGCAACCACGACAGCAGGUAGACCAACCUACGAGUACACCAAUGGAGGCUUCCAUCAAGAUUUCUCAGUUCCAUUAAGUCAUAUACCAGAUUCUCCACCGGACUCGGGGUCGGAGCCUUACUCACCUCCGGAACAGAAGCCGGUGAUUGCAGGUCAGCUACCAACGGAUGCGAACAUGUUCCGACCUAGUGCACCAAACGGUGUUCACGUUCCGGCAAUGAUAAAUGGGCAGGUUCCCGCAGAAACAGCAUCAUGUAGUUCAGCUGUCGUAUCGCAGCAGUUGGUUAAUUUUAUGCAGAAUAACCCCAGCACCCCGAUUUUGGCAAAUCUAACAUCAACGGAGGCACAGCAACAACCACCACCUCUUCCUAGGAAAGAUAGUUUGGUUACUCAUCAAGCAAAGAAAAGAAAGCAUUCUAUAACCCCAGACAACUCCAUGAAGAGAGGUAUGCUGCCCCUGCCUAAUAUGAUGCAGAUUAAACAGGAACCAGGUAGCGAAUCAUGUAAAAUGCAAGACCUUGAUUACGCAUUGGAUAACCCCUCUUUAUUCAAUGACAAUAUGCAUGAUUUUGAGAUGGGGACAAGUGCAGAUAAUUUGUCAUACACAGAAUCUACGUACCAGUGUAUCAAGUGGCAGUCAUAUCAACCCUCUAAGUGGCAUACGCUAUGCGACGCCAAUGGACAGAAUGUGCUGCCGCCAGAUUUUAGAGUCGAAGCUGACAAAGGUUUUAAUUUCUCCGUUCCCGACGAUUCGUUUGUUUGUCAGAAGAAAAAUCACUUUCAAGUUACCGUCCACAUUGGAUUAUUGGGGGCGCCCAAGUUUGUACGUACUACUAAUGGGUUAAAACGCAUUGACAGUUAUUAUAUUCAUUUGAACGGUGUAAAACUGGAGUCGAUGGACUCGUAUAUACGCGUUGAACAAUCGCAAGCUAACCGAAGUAAGAGGCCCUUUAAUCCUGUCAAGAUUGACAUUCCCGUAGAUCAAGUUACUAAAGCAACUGUAGGUCGGUUACACUUUAGCGAAACAACUUCAAAUAACAUGCGCAAGAAAGGCAAGCCUAACCCUGAUCAACGGUACUUCUUGUUGGUUGUGGGCAUUCAUGCUUACUGUGGAUCAGAGACGUUCAUGGUUGUAGCUCAUGCUUCAGAGAAGAUCAUCGUUAGGGCAUCUAACCCCGGACAGUUUGAAAACGACGUAGAUGUUCCCUGGCAGAAAGGUCAUACACCGGACUCUGUUUUCCAUGCGGGAAGAGUUGGUAUAAAUACUGAUCGACCAAAUGAGGCACUUGUUGUACACGGAAACCUUAAACUAACUGGCCAGAUAAUGCAACCCUCAGAUAAGAGGGUCAAAGAAAACUUAAAAGAGGUUGAUCCGAAACACCUGAAAAAGAACAUUGAAAAAAUGAAGAUAUACCAGUACAAAUAUAAAGAUAAAUUUGCUGAGGCGAUGGGCCUACCGGAAGGCGAAAGGUGUGACACAGGUGUAAUGGCACAGGAAGUUCAAUCGGUAAUGCCAGAUGCGGUCAAGGAAACGGGCAAUGUGACCCUUGCCGAUGGACAUGUUGUAGAUAACUUUUUGGUAGUGAAUAAAGACCACAUUUUCAUGGAAAAUGUUGGCGCUGUGAAAGAACUAUGUAGACUGACGGAUAAUCUUGAAACACGAAUAGAUGAACUGGAACGAAUGAAUCGUAAAUUAGCCAAGUUGAAACGGCUUGACAGCAUGAAUUCCACCUCUAGUAUAGGCACAAUAAGUCGCACUGCAAGCAAUGUUUCCAAAAUAAGCACACAACAAAGUUCACAUCACAAGCAUCGAGACAGGAGGAGGAUGCGGACAAAGCACUCAACCCCACCCCCAGACGACACAUGUUUAUCUCCCAGAUUCAUGCAGUGGACAAUAGUUGCCUUGGUUGUCAUUAUGCUUUUCUGUGUUGUUUGUAUGGUGACACUAUAUGUGAUGCAGGAUCAGGAUAAUGCUAAUCUGAAAUCUGAAAAACCGAACACACCAGUAGAAAUGUCAAAUUUCACAACAGCGAUAACUACAACAAGCAUUGCCAGUCCUACCAUACCGUUCCGCACAGAACAUGCCGCAACUCCUCAAAAUUUGAUGACAUUUACCAGCCCUGUGGACACUAGGCCGAAGGUGACGCCACCGCCUAUUUAUUGUUGCAACAGAGCCCCGAACAAGAUGUCAACAGUUCCGCAGAUGGUUGCCAUGAGCGAGAGCAACCCAGCUUCUUAUCUCAACCCAGAGACUUCUACAUCCAGUCGGUUGAUCAGUGUACACUUUGCUUCGACAGUUGAAGGAGUUCCUCCGUACACCAUGUCGCAAUCUGCCACGGAGGAAGAUGGAAGCAUUAGGCAAAUGAGAAGACGCAGACGCCGGAUGAUCCGGUCCACAAGCAUGGCUGCCACAAAUAUUGUUGGUGGUCUUGUUUCCAGUAUUUAUUUUGACGAACUGAAUUUAACAAAGCAUAAAAAUCAAACUGAGCCAGGAAACUUCUCUUGUAAUACAGAUGUUCCUGAACAGUUCCCCCUAACAAGUGGUAUCUUGGAGAUAAAUACUACUACAGACUGCCAGGUAUUUUACUGUCCGAAAUUCACAAUGGAAGGUUUCCCUUGCAAUAGUACUCACAAUCCAGAACCACAGUUUGAAAAAUCAACCCAUUAUAAGAAUUUUUCAUGGCAGUUGCCUGUUGGAUUUUAUGCAAGUGUUUCAUACAGAUUCAGAAUUACAUCAAAUAUGACUGCUACUGAGAAUGAUACAUGCGCUCUUUCUUCAAAAAUCGUAUUUGAGGAGUAUAAUCUCCACUUCAAACGGAUCUUCCAGAAGUGCUCUUCAAAUCAGUGAAUGCAUGUUACAGAGUUAAUGCCCUAAUUAACGUAAUCGCAAAAAACCACCUGCAUAAGAAGCUGACACAAAUAGCAAGUGCGUUUGAGCGUUGAACAGCUAGUGUAUCAGCCACAGAAGCUCUAGCUAGGACAUUGUGGAGGUUUAUGUCAAGUGAUGAUCAAGUUACAAUUGCACUGGUUUUUAAAAUGUGUAUUAUAACCAAGUUGUCUGUACCCAAAAGCAUUGUAGUUGUCUUAUGUUCUUUAGAUUUAUGUUAUAUUGUUGAUACUGAAUUAUUAUUUGAUUAUAUAUUUUAUAUUUGAAUUGUAAAAAUCUUAUUUUAAUCUUAUCUUAAUUUUAACGUUUGACGUUUAUUUUUACAUUCAGUUCCAAAAUCAUAUUUGAACAGUGUAAGUAAAUGUGUGAAGUUGUAAAAACAUAUCAAUUAUCUUUUUCAAGAGUUUUAAUGUAGUGGUGUGACUCCAAAAGUUUGCAGACAGUGGUCUGAGGACCUCAAUCUUGGGGGCCGCCUAGAAACUCGGUCAGGGUCUUGGAACAAUGUUUUUUGUGAGUUGCAUGGUAAAGAUUUUAUGGUUUAGAAUGGCCAAAAAUUGUGAUUUAGACCACAAUAUUAUGCGUUGUCAAUCACUAUAACUGUGUUUGGAUUGGCAGUUUAAUAAUUUAGUCCGAAGACCUUUUCAAGGUGUCGGACAACAGGUUUAAUACUUGUUUUUAGGAGGACGAAUUUCUCGCUCCCCUGCUGCCACUCCCACUAUGUUUUUUAAUCAUGGGAUAGUGUGAUUUAUAUUAUGUUAAAUAUUUUAUCAUUAAUAAAAUGGAUAAUAAUUUUCCUUAAGUUAUGUAUCAAGUUCAAAAGUAAUAGAAUCAUGUACAUAACACAAUAAUGUGAUGCAAUUUACAGUGGAGACAUUAAUCUUGACUAAUUUGAUUUUACUGUUUGACAUUGCAUGAUAUAAGUACUUAUCUGUGUUGUUUGUAUUGUUUGUCAUAUCCUUUGUAUAGAGAAUGUAAAUAAUCCAGAAAAUUUAAAACAAAGGAAGAUUAAUUAAACUAUAGUUAAUCAAGGGAAGUGAAUAUGUAAAUAAGUGUGACUCCUGGAGGUCAAUAGUUUCUUAUUAUUUUGAAACUUUUAUGGAAAAAUAAAAAGACAAAAAAAUGAUAAGUUGAAUAUGUAAAUAACAUUUAUGUGGAAUGGAAUUGAAUUGUCCUUAAAGGUAAUUCAUUGUGUGUUGUGGGUGUUUGUGUGAAGGGAGGGGGUUAGGGAGUGGUGUAUAUGUGUGGGUGUGUGUGUGUGUGUGUAUGCAAGAUUGGAUUAAAUGUGAACUAUUUGAUAGUGCUUAUUUGUAUCUUUUUUCUACAAUCUAGAGGGCCUUAUUUCCAGGGGACCAACAUACUCUUUUAAGUAAGACCCCAGCAAAUCUAUGCAUAAAUAAUUCAUCAGAAUUGUACUUAUUUUUAUACAUGUGAGAAUUCUGUAGCAAUAAAAUACAGCAGUUGGGUGUCACCAAUUGAUGUACUUAAAUAAUUUUAAAUGAAUGUAUGGGGGCACUGUUGCCAUGCUUUUAGAGGACUCAAGUUUUCGACAAAUAUAAAUAAUAAGAAUAAUGUAUGUCAGUAAAUAUAAUUAUAAUAAUUUAAGUAUUCAUUUAGAUAUGAAUGUUACUAAAUAAUCUUGACAGAGCAUUAGAUAGUUGUAUCAGUCAUAAACAGAUUGCAUUUGACUUGGAUAAGUAUUCAAAUUCAUUACAGAAAAUGUUCAGUAGAAAAUCUUAAGGUAUGUUUAAUUGGUACGGCAUUACAAACUUUACUCCCCUAAAUACAAAUUCGAUUUGUGAGGUCACAACCUUUGAAGCAUCACCUUGUUUAAUUGUGUGUCAACAAAUCCAUUUUUAAUUACUGUAUUCUUUAUAAGCAUAAUAGAUAUAUGUGCAUAUGUACUAUAUAUUUAUAUAUGUUUUAAGUCUUAUAAAUAGUUCAUGAAUUACACAUUCAUGUUAAAUAGACAUUCUGUAAUGCAUUUCUCAAUAAAGUUAUAUUUCUAUUUACAGUGUGAGCUACAACCAUCCAAAAAUGUUGUUUCUUUGAUAUUUCAGUGACCUAGAAUUAUUUGCUGUUGUGGAAAUGGGCAUGGCCUAUAUUUAAUGGGUGUUGCUGUUAUGGGGCGUGUAGUCUAUUUUUGAGGGAAUUUUUUUGACUUCAGAUGUUUGUAAGCUUUUGAUUCGAUACUAUGGCAGCAGCACUGGAAAUUGUAAGCAUACAUGAGUAGGCCAGUUUACCUAUUACAGACAAAAAUAUUAUAAAUAGAUAUUAGCUUGAGCUUGAUUGUAAGGAUACAGAUUGAAAAUUAUAUUUUUGAUAAAUUAGAUGGAGGCUGGUUUUGGAAAGUCACUCUAAAAUAGUUGUUGGAAACAAUUGAGAGUGAAUAUUUUUUUUAAACACUUUGAAUAUAGAUUAUUUUUGAUGAUCGAAGGGACGUGUGUAUAAUAUACAAGCAUACCAUGUGAACUUUAGACUUUUUCCAUGGAAAAUACCACAAUGUUUUCGAAAUACAUGGAGAUUUCCUCAAAUACAAAAAAAAAAAUUCCCAUUUUUAAAUUUCUUGAAAUAUUGGUGAAUAUAUUUACUUGUAUUUCAAUUGUACAGUUGUCACUUUGAAAGGCUGAUUUUGGGUUUUUUUUCUCUAUUUUUAGUUAAAAUAUUAUUAAAAUUCACUAUUUUGUAUAACCUGACUUUACUGAAAAUUGAGAAUGACUUGUGUAUAGAAAAAAAACCUGUGAAGAUAGAGAGGACAUUCUGUUCAAUUUUGACAUAAGGUUUAAUAAAGGCUUGACUCAAAGAUCAUUUAUAACAAGUAA